GCGUUUCCUUGGUAACUGACCGGUAGGCAAGGAAGCAGGAAGUGCGCGCGGAGCAUGCAGCCAGCUUCGCUGCCGAGGAGAAGGGCGUAUGUGUCACACAGCUCCACAAACCUGAUUAAGUUUAGUUAAGGGGUGAAGGCUGCCGAGGAUGGGUUGCUUUUUCUCCAAGCGGAAAACACUUGAGCUGGAGCAGAUGCCGGCUACUGCCGAAAGUCUGGACAGGGGUAAUGCUGAGAAAAAUAAGCAGCAGAACGGCGGUGACACACUGGAGAAGGUGGACCCUAAGGACUAUACGCUGACUGGAAUGAAGGAUGGCACCAUUGGCCGUUUCCCUGGCAAAGUCAACGGUCAGCAGUUUGUUAUCCAGAACUGUGAGAACUGCAAUAUAUACAUAUUUGACCAUUCAGCCAGCAUAAACAUUGAGGAGUGUGUAAACUGCCGCAUUGUGCUGGGCCCGGUGAAGGGCUGCGUCAGCUUCCACGGCUGCCAGGACAUUAAGUGUGUGGUGGCGUGCCAGCAGUUCCGUGCACAGGACUGCAAAAAGAUGGAUGUCUUCAUUUACUGCGCAACUCAGCCCAUCAUCGAAUCCUCCACGGGCUUCAGGUUUGGCUGCUACCAGUACUAUUACCCUGAGCUGGCCUUCCACUUUAAAGAUGCUGAGCUGAGCAUCUUCAACAACAACUGGAGCAAUGUUCAGGACCUGACUCCAGCCUCCAGUGAGGCCAACUGGAGUCUGCUUUCUGAAGAUGCUGUACUUCUUGAUUAUGUGCCAAUGCCGGACUCAGAUUCUGAGUUCAAGUCUGUAAGGAUCUUGACGGACGUCAGUCGGAGCAUCGUACCCAUGACCCAUGGUCUGCGUCAGAAGAACAACGAGGAGUCCUGUCUUUUUGUAUUCUUUUCUGGGGAUUACUCCACUGCCAAUGCCCGCAAACUCAUAGAUGAGGCAACUGGAAAGGGCUUCGCCCUCAUCCAAACAAAGGAGGUUUCAAUGCGCCCCGAAGAUGUCAGCAGGGUAUUUCAGAGCAAUGCAGAAGAUCUCACAGAGUUAAUAGCUAAAGGCCCAGUUGUGGCUCUGGAACUGAAUGGAGAUGGUGUGGUUGAAGCCUGUCGCUGCAUUGCUGAGGACGUGUUCAGUGAGACAAAGGUGUUUGUUUCAGAAAACAAAGAUUCCUCCUCAAAAGAUGUGGACAACUUCUUUAAUUCCGAAGACAAGGAAAGGGCACUUUGAAAUAUCUGUAUUUGGAGAUAUUUGAUAUUCCAUUUCUACACGUAACAUAUCACGACAUUUAAGAAUGUCAUUAGUAAAUUUUAAACUGUUUAUGCCUCAAAAUCUAAAGCUUUAAUAUUUUUAAUGAUUUAUUCUAUGUGAAGUUUGAAACUGUUUGCAAUAUAAAAUAUGUGUAGAGAUAUAUUUGUAUCAGCUUCAUGAGUUAUAAAAUGCUGCAGGCCUCUGGUUUGUCCGUGGAUUUGUAAGUGAUGCCCAUCCUUCUGAAUGUAGGGCGUUUUGUACCUGCAUUGGCUGUCACUUCUCACGAUACUGUAUUUUUAUUAGCAACUUUAUCAUUGGCAUUAUUGCCUUUUCUUUAACAUAACUCCUUGCUGUGUUGUUUGGAAAUCUUUUUUUUUUUAUUUUGCUGUGAACCUCUCAUAUAUUUUCUGUUGCAUAGUGUGACAUAAUUACAUUUAAAAUUGCUUUAUUUCUCAUUUGUAGAGGAAUAUGGGAUAGAAUAUGUAGGUGCAAGAAUAAUCAGAUAAAUUAUUUUUAUAUGUAUCUAUAUAAGAUUCAAGAUCCUAUAUACAUCCUUAUUUUUAUUUUAUUUUUUUAGAAGAAUUUAUUUUUUGAAAGCAAAAUAUUUACUGCUCUAGCCAUAGAUCAUUGACCUCUAAAAGUCCCAGUGCUAUAAACAAAAGUAUUGCACGGGCAGGAUUGUAAGAAAGCAUUUACAUGUGCUUAGAGAAACCAUGAAUGUUGCUGCUUAUUUUAUUAAAAAAUGAAUGUACAUUUUAUUUCAAUUGUUUUUUUUUUAAAUAUAUGGAGUCCCGUGAA